AUGGUAGCCAUCAAAACCAUUCAAACCUCUUUCACUGCAACCAAACAUGGAAUUUUCCACACAAAAAGACCCCUCAACACAAAGAUUUCUUUCCUGUGCCUCAGCAAGCCCAACGAUGACUCAAAUUCAGAGGCUUCUUCGCCCAAAGGAGAUACCCGCAAGCAAGAGCUGCUUGCCAGAAUAGCAAUGCUUCAGGCUCAGAAAGUCCGUCUCACCGACUACUUGGAUGAAAGGUCAGCUUAUCUCUCACAGUUUGGCGAAGAAGCCAAUGCGGAGUUUGACAAGAUUGGAGAAGAUGCCCUCAAAGGACUGGAUGAAGCUAGUGCCAGGAUAAUGGAGAAUAUAGAGAGCCGCAUGCAGGCCUUUGAGGAAUCCUCAGAAUUGAACAGACUAGAGAUUGAGAAGAAUGAAAACGAGGUAGCAGAGUUUGAAGGCCAAAUGGAGAAAGACCGGAAUGAAGGGCUGUUCUUCAAGAACCUGAGGCAAAGGACACCUGCAGAAAAAUCAGAAGCAAAAGAGGAAAUGGAGAAGAUAAAAGAGGUUACUAAAGAGAACGCCGGAUCAAAAACCAGGAGGAAUAUUUACCUUGCAUUAAUAAGCCUGAUAGUCAUUAGCAUUGCAGAUUCUUUCCUGUCCUCUUCUUCUGAUUGGCGAAAGGUCGCUGUUCUUGGAGCAAUUCUAGUGGCUUUGCUCUCUCAGUUCAUCUACGAGCAGAGGAUUUUAUCAGAAACAGAAGAUAAGUAGAAGGGAAAGACCGAUGAAGAAAAGAAGUGAAUAUCCUUGGCUAUGCGCUGAUAGAAUUUCUAAUAUAAGACUUUUAGCCAUAAUUGUAUUGAUUGAAUGUGGCAUGAUACAAUAACCCCAAGCUGAUACUAACGACUUGGGUCUGAUACAUCAAGCUACUUCACUUUGGCAUCAUCAACAUCUGAACUUGGUGAUAUAACUACAACCACCAAGACCUGGGCAACCAAGUUACCCUAUCUGAUGCUUUAUGAACAUUUCUCCUUGGCUACGCGCUGAUAGAAUUUCUAAUAUAAGACUUUUAGCCAUAA